AUGGCUCAGGAUCCCCCCAAACCAAAUCCUGCGACGGCUCUCUGGAAAUAUGAACUGGAACGCCAGAAACGAGCCUUGACAGAGCAUAUGGUUAAAGCAAAGCAUCAAAUAGCAGAAACUGAGGACCUCGUCACGCGGCUUUCACGCUGCCUCAAAGAUCUCGCAGUUAUUGUCGCCUCGGUUGCCACGUCCCUGAAUGACCAGACACCCCAAGGUCAACAACGCCUUCGUCUCCUUCAAACCCAGCUCCAUGAUAUCGUCGAUCCCAUCUACCAGGAUGGCAAAGCUAUUGUCACUCAAAACGAGACUUUGCUCGCUGCAAUUUCCACGAUCCGAGGCAUACACAACACUCCGAAAGUGGUGGACACCACCAUCACACCACCCGGCCUUUCGCGACCAAAGGGAUUAGCAAAAAGCCGUCAUGAUCCGAACAGAGAGCGCCCUGCUUCGUCGCCGCUCACUCAAGCCCUCCUGACAAUCUCUCGUUCCGAUCCAAACCAAACCAACGAAGCCGAACCCAGCCUCGAGGACAAACAGGCGAUUGCCCAAAUUCUGAAUAGGCGAAGUUUCUCCAAAAGCACAAAAACAUUUAUUCGUCAAAAAGGCCGCCCAAUCGGUGAAUACUUCGACGCCGCCCACGAAUUCCGGCGCCGGUGGUCGAUAUCCCUAUACGGCAGUGGACCUACAGAUUCCUACAAUGACGACACGCUUAUCGAAGCCUUCAUAGCCGGUCUUGACAGUGAUCUAUACCGGCGUCGAUUCACACACUGGCUUCGUAAUCAACAUUGGAACUGGAACUUUCUCUUUCACUUUGCGCAGAUUUUGGUCAUGGAGGAGGAGUAUAUGGCAAAGCAGGAGUAUGCGCUGGAACAUAAGUUUGACGAUGGUUCUGUCCUGUUUCCGGAUGGGGAGAGAUCUUAUCGGUUUAGUUAUCUGCCGCCUAUUGCUGAUGAGGAUCUUACUGCGAGUGAGGAUGAUGGGGUGGAAGGAUGGAUAUGA